AUGUUGACCAAAUCUCUCCCUCUCAGCUUGGCACUGCAAGUGAGCCUUGCCACUGCAAUCGGCAACGCAAUCGUCAGUAACCGCUGUCCCUACGACAUCUGGCUCUGGAGCGUCGAUCAAGGCCACUCCUCGCCACCCAUCCACAUCCCCGCACGCACAAAGUACUCCGAGCCGCUACGCAGCGCGUGCAGCGGCUGCGGCGCCUCGCUGAAGAUUAGCAAAACCGACCACCUUGUUGCCGGUCAGCAAACACAGUUCGAGUACAGCAUUGUCGGCGGCAAUGUCUGGUACGACAUCUCCUUCGUCGACUGCGCAAGGGGCGAGAGCGCAGGUAACUGCCCUGGUCACGACAAGGGAUUGGCAAUCGACAGCCCGGAGCAGGCGUGCGGGAAGGUACAUUGCGCCGCUGGAAGUUACUGCCCGACGCAGUCUUACUACGUCGAUCUUCCGAAACAGAAACUGGGUCUCGAGGAUCCGGUGUUUGGGUGCAUGGGUAAAGGGUCCGAUAUCGAUCUUUACAUCAAGGUGUGUAGCGAUGAGACUCCGCUAAAGAGGAGCCUCGCUGGCAGGAUACUCCUGAAUGACUAUGCCUAG